AUGCAUAGCCCCAGUUUCGAUGCCAAUUGUUUCAUUCGAAAGUUAUCGUUGCGCAAGAAGAAGUGGCCUGAUGACUACGUUGCCACCGGAGGUAGACAGAGUACCAUGGCCAGGGGGAAGCACGGCUCCACUCCCUCCUCACCCACCUCCCCCUCUUUUGCAUUCUCUAAACCUUCCACCAUCGUCUCUGUGUCACCUAAUUUUCUCCAACCUCUCACCUCGCAUGCCCUCGCAGAGCUGCGGACUCAGUUCGCCGAUCAGCUCAAAUGCCUUGACUCAAAACUUGAUCUCGACGUCACUGUGAUGUCAGAGCUCCACGAAUUUUAUCGUCGUCGCGCCCUUGUUGAACAGGAAUACUCCGAUGCACUGGCCAAACUCGUAAACUCCCUCAAACACAAGCACUCAAGUGAAACUGGAAAGUGA